AUGCAGGUGACGCGUUGUUUAUGUGGUUCAGAAAUUGCCAAAGAAAUUCGCUUAGUAGUACGAAUUAGCGGUGACCAUCUAUCGUUGGAAGGAUUACGGCGAGCGUUGUAUAAUUUCUUAUUUGCUCGAGCUAACAACGGGAAAUUUAUUCUGCAAUUGGGUCUGAACAAACACGGAAGACAGCCACGUGCCAAAAAAAUUGAGGCGCUUUUGGAUCGGUUUGGGCUGGAGCGCGAUGAAGGACCUGGAACAGGAGGACCGUAUGCUCCCUACUCGGUCGCUAAACGUCUGAAAAUAUAUGCUGAUGUGGUGGAACGGUUGAUUGAUACUGGUUUGGCAUACCGAUGCUUCUGCUGCACUGAGACAUGGAAAGAAGUGGAUCCAGUGAAGAAAGAACCAGCAAAACUACUUCCUUGUUCAAGGGAAUGUUUCACGAAAACUCGCAGUGAAUCCAGAAGUAUGGCAUUGGAUGGACUGUUACAUGUUGUUCGUCUAAGAAUACCUAAUCGAGCAUACCUGUAUCAGGAUGUAGUGCAUGGCCAGUUAUCUAAACAUCUACCCGCUAUGGAUCAGCUGUUGCUGAGGCCAGAUUUCAUGCCAACAUCAUUUUUCGCAGAUACUGUUGAUAAUUAUACCCUUUGUGCCAGUCAUCACGUUGCUUCCUCGUCUCGUGAUUUCUUUCAUCUUCCUAUCUGUGAUGCGUUGCAGUGGUAUUUGCCAACAUUUAUAAAUAUUGGAAGCUUACGGCUUCGCAGUGGUUCACGAUUAUUAACGUAUAAUAAUGCUCGAAAUUAUGUUAGGACAUACAGUUCAGUUCACGAUUUAUCAAUUUUAAACUUUUUGCUAUCUGGUCGUGGCUUACGGAAGAGCUCCGAUCGAAAUGGUCGUUUGUACAGUAUCGAUGAAAUGAUUGCUCAAUUUGAUAUUAGCACUAUUACCAGUAAUGCAUUAAUGAUAAAUACGUACAAAUUAAUGAAACCGGAACGGCAGGAAACAUUGCUAGAACAACAACUUGAAUUGGAUGAAGAGGUGCGUCUCUUCGAUAUGUUUGAUAAAAACUUAUUUGAAGAUAUGAAAUUCACGGAUUCGUUAUCUAAAAGUUGA